UAAAUUAAAAUAUUACAACUUCGUUUUCCAGUCAACUUGAAUCAAGUCAAUGCGGUUUCGAGCUCAGCCCUGCUGACUGACUCGAAUCUGUCAUCUGUCAUUUGCAAUUUGUGGUUCGUUGUCGUUUCGUUUUGAGUUUCUUUUUGUAAUCAAAUUUGAUUCGAAACAAUACUUUCUUAAGUAGAUAUGAAAAGUAACAUUUUAUGCACCAGAAAAGUGUGGGGUUGAGAUUAGUAUAAGAAUUUAAAUCUCCACGAUGGAUGCUCCUUCAAUGGACACUGUUUACCAGGCGAUCAGCGCUCUGUACGAUGGCCCAAAUGGAAAUGAAAUUGAGAAGGCUUCGCUAUGGCUCGCCGAUGUACAGAAAUCCAUCCACUCAUGGAAGAUUGCCGACGAGUUGUUGCAGCAAAAAAAGGACUUCAAUUCCUGUUAUUUCGCGGCACAAACGAUGAGAGCGAAAAUUCAGCACAACCUUUCAGAGCUACCAGCAGAAUCUCAUGUACCACUUCGUGACACUCUGAUAGCUCACCUGGAGCGCACGACUCCGGACACCACAUCUUCAAUUCUCACGCAGCUUAGCUUGGCAUUGGCGGAUCUUGCCCUCCAAAUGCCAUCUUGGCAAGACUGCAUAAGUGACCUCAUAAAAUUAUUUUCAAACAAAGAAUAUCUACUAUUGGAGAUUUUGACAUUACUACCUCAGGAAAUUGACUCUUCGAAUUUAAAAUUGGGUGAAAAUCGCAGAGAAGACAUAAAAUCCCAACUACGUUUGAAUUCACAGACAGUAAUGUUAUUUCUUAAGCAAUGUCUGAAUAAUUCACAAGGCAGUACAAAUGUGGGCUUAAAAUCUAUAAAGUGCAUGACAUCAUGGCUGCAAGUCCGAGCCGUGAACUUACAUGAGAUACCCCAGAACACUGUCAUAGGAUAUAGUUUACAAGUUUUGAGAGACCACAAUUCUAUCAACACAUUGCAUGAUGCUUCUUCUGAUUGUAUAUGUGCACUAUUACAAUGCUUGGAAGAAGUUAAUGACCAUGAAAAUAUAGACAGAUUGCUAUUUGACAGUGUGGUGGCAUUAGAAGAAAGCUACCACUUGGCUGUUGCUCAUGAGGAAGAGGAAAAAGUGUCCAAUUACGCCAGAGUGUUCACAGAACUAGCUGAAUCAUUUCUGAUGAAAAUAAUUGAUUGUACUGAUAAUGGGAAUACACAUUUUGCAAUGAAAUCAUUAGAAUUAGCUUUAGUUUGUGUUGGAUAUCAUGACUAUGAGGUGGCAGAAAUAACAUUUAAUUUAUGGUACAGAUUAUCAGAGGAAGUGUACAGGAGAGAUCACCAACCAUUAACAGAUGCAUUUAAACCUCAUAUAGAGAGGUUGAUCGAAGCUUUGGCAAGGCAUUGUCAAUGUGAACCUGACUUGACACAAUUGCCCGACGAAACUGAUGAUUUUUAUGAAUUCCGUCAAAAAGUGAUGAGUCUGAUCAAGGAUGUGGUGUUCAUAGUGGGAUCAAGUUCAGUUUUCAGACAAAUGUUUGCUGCAUUACAAUCUAACAUUUCAUGGGAACAGACAGAAGCUGCUCUCUUUGUUAUGCAAUCUGUUGCUAGAAAUAUCUUACCGGAUGAAUACGAAUACGUGCCGAAGGUGGUGGAAGCGAUACUGUCGAUGCCCUCCAGCAGCCACCUGGGCGUGCGCGCCACGUGCAUCCUGCUGCUGGGCGAGCUGGCGGACUGGGUGGAGCGGCACGCGGCGUCGUGCCUGGCGCCCUGCGUGGCCAUGCUGCUGGCCGCCCUGCCGCAGCCCCGGCUGGCGCUGCCCGCCGCCACCGCGCUGCAGAACAUCUGCAAGGCGUGUCCCGGCGGAGCGGCCGAGCACAUCGGCAAGCUGCUGGGCGCCGUGCAGGCGCUGGACCAGCUCGCCGCGCCGCCGCCCGCCGCCGCCGCGCUCAUGCGGGCCGUCGCGCCCGUCGUGGCCAGCCUGCCGCCCGACCAGAUGAGCGCAGCCCUCUGCGAAGCGUCAGCCCCCCAACUGGAGGGUCUCCGUCGGCUGUGCUCGGCUCGGCAGCCCAUCAAGCGCGGCACCACGUCGGACCCCGUGCUGUACCUCGACCGGCUCGCCGCGCUGUACCGCGACCUCACGCUCUCCGCCGACCUCAAAAACGUCGCGGCGUCCGAAACGCACCCGUGUCUGCCGGCGCUCACCGAGGCGUGGCCCGUGCUCAUCGACGUCAUGGACAAGUUCGGCGGCGAGGAGCGCGUGAUGGAGCGCGUGUGCCGGGCGGCGCGGUUCGGCGUGCGGGCGGCGCGCGGGGCGGGCGCGGCGCUGCUGCCGGCGCUGUGCGGCGCGCUGGCGCAGCUGUACCCGCGGCACGCGCACUCGUGCGUGCUGUACCUGUGCUCCGUGCUGGUGGACGAGCUGGCGGCGCGGCCGGGCUGCGCGGCGGCGCUGGCGGGGCUGCUGGCCGACCUGCUGCCGCCAGCCUUCGCGCUGCUGCAGCGGGACCACGGCUUCAGGGACCACCCCGACACCGUCGACGAUCUGUUCCGGCUCUUCAUCAGGUUCCUGCAGCGCAUGCCGGUGCAGCUGCUGUCGUGCGGCGUGAUGGGCAGCAUCCUGCAGUGCGCGUGCUCCGCCGCCGCGCUCGACCACCGCGACGCCAGCGCCUCGCUCAUGAACUUCCUCGCGGACUUCGCGCGCCUCGCCAACACCGCGCACCCCGACACCGCCGAGGCGCAGCACGCCAAGGCGCUGGCCGAGGAGCUGGUGGUGACGUACGGCGGCGCGCUGACGGCGGCCGUGCUGGAGGCCAGCGUGCUGCACCUGCACCGCGGGCUCGUGCCCGGCGCCGCCGACGUGCUGCUGGAGCUGGCGCGCGCGGAGAGACGGCACGGCGCCGCGUGGCUGGGGGCCGCCGUGCGCCAGCUGCCCGCGCGCCACACCGCCGCCGCCACGCUGCUGCAGGCGCAGCACUUCCACAACACGGCGCGCAGUACGGAAAAAUCCAAGGAAAUGACCAAACUGCUGCGCGACUUCGCGAAACUCUACCGAUGAGACUCCCCCGGCCCGCCCCCGCGCAUUGAGCUACAACGUGAGUCUGUAAUCGUUCACCGAUGUACAUCUAGCCACUGCAGUAGUAUUGUGUAAUUGUAUCGUUAGUCCCGAGGCCGCAGAGCAGCGCGUGUGCGCGUGUUGUCUGCGGCGCCGGGACAUCUACUAAUGUUGUGAGUGCGAGUGUUGCGUGACCACGUUCCGCUGGCCCUGUACAGUGAAUAGUUCGCAACACAGUUAGUGAGCUCACGGCGCCUCCGCCACUGAGCACCGCGAGGGCUGCGAAGUCACAGGGAGAAUGAAGGCAGCCCACUUCUACAAUAGAAACAUUAACAGAGCCCGAGAUACGUGAGGGUGUGGCUCAGCACGACUGCCCGACGACUGAUUAGUUCUGGAAACGGCUCUUAUUUCAGUCUCCAAGUCUCUAUGUCUUUUUGUAUAUCUUUUUUAUCUAUUUUGACUCAUCGGUGACGGUUCGUAAUAAAUGUGUCUCACUUUUCAAUAUCCAUUCGGCAGUCAUAUCUUGAUUACGGUUCUUGUUUUCAAAAAAUUAUAUUUAUACAAAUACAUAACAGAAUUUUUAUUUAUUUGCAUUAAUAAUAAAAUAAACGAGCAUAUCUCUUUCAAAAAAUAUAAAUGUCUAUUAUUAAAAUCAUUGCAAAAAAUAAAUAUUUAAAUUACGUACAUAAUAAAUCUUAGCAAAAAAUUAUAUUCAGUUAUGAAAGGCUAAAUUUAAAACUAAUUUUAAUUUUUGUCCCCGUGUGUAAAGUAUGUUCAGAAAUGUAAGAAAUUUGCAAAUUUCUUUUUUAUGCAAUUAAAUGUUAAGUAUAAUAUAAACAGUAUGAAACACACACAAAUUGUUUUCGCUGGAAAACUGACAACUUUUUGAACAAUAAUCAUAGAACAAACUUAUUGUCCAGCCCGUAUAUGGAGUUGGCGAAAUUUCAGAGACAAGCCAAAACAAGCAUUUUGAAUUUAAAUUCUCAUUAAUUUUGAAGUUUGCUUAAGGUAAUUAGUUCUUACAAUCAAUAUUGAGAUAGCAAUAAAAAUAAUUGUGAAUACAUUUAUUGUACAUAAUGUAGAUGUUAAAUUUAUUACAACUGAUAUAAAUGUAGUAAUGAUAUUAAAAUUUAUCAAUUUCUUGGUUUUUAAUUUACACAAAUUAGAUAAUUAAUAGGAUGUAUUUAUUCCUUGGAGGUUUCAUGCUGAAUAUGAAGCACAUUUUGCAAUAGAUUCACUUUUGAGUACUCUACGAAUACACAUGGUGAUUUAGAAAUAAUUUUAAUUAUUUAUCAAUGCCCAUUGCUUUAAAAAGGUCUUCAUUCUCUACAAAUCGUCAAGUUAUUUGAAACAUUAAGCUCUUCGCUUUCUCGCCGACUGAUACAAGUUAUGAUGGCAAUAAAUAAUUCUGUUCCUAAUUAAGUGAUUUAUUGUCGCAUUUUUUUUUCAUUGUAAUUUCAACUUGUCGAAUCUUUUCAGUUUUCAGUUUUUGUGAAAAUAUAUGCCGGUCGCCUUAGUAAUGAUAAUUUACAUUAAUAUUUGACGUGAGGCUAUUCAUUGAUUGGUACAUAUAAUUAACAUGAUUUGUACUUAUGUCACGAAUUGCUAUUGAAUUUUAAAUGGAACACAAAUAUUUUUUGUACACAACGUAUCUAAUUUAUUAGAGUUACUGCUUUUUUCAUAUUUCUAUCUAACAUCGGUUCGUAAUAUUGCUCGUAUGACCACUUCACACGCUCGGCUCUUGUAACCCUUCAUGACCCUUAAUUAACCAUACCAUUUUUUUAGUUUAAAAAAAUAUAUUAAUUUAUUACGUUUGCUAAUCGGUUUAAGAUGCAAAAUCGAAUAAGCGCGGUGAAACUCGUCUAAACCUUGAAAUUGUAAUAUGUUCAUUUAUUUUCAUCCAAUUAUGAAAAUACUCCGCAUAUCGUAAACAAAGGAUCAGGAAGGAAGGAAGGAAAGUCAAAUAUAUUAUUUUAUAUGUUGGUAGAGACGCUACAGAAGUACAGUAGAAAGUGUUGCUUGUAAAUUUACUUUUCAAAUAUUAUUUUAUGUGGACUUAAGCUGUCAAUAGGUAAGUAUGGACAAUACUGUAUCUAAGUAAUUGUGUUUUGUUAGAUUUUAAUAACUUUUUUAUUUCGUAUGUGAUAAAUGCGCAUUAAAUUGUAAAUAUUUAUUAAAAAUGUUUACCGACAA